AUGGACAAGGGCAACAUCAGCAACGCCCUCACCUCGACCUUCACCGAGGACCUGGGCAUAGCGAAGAACGAUGUCAACGAUGGCAACCAGCUGCAGCUAGCCGCCAUUAGCCGCCAUCGUGAUCUUCGAAAUCCCUUUCAACUUGUUGCUCUCGCGCCUGGCGUGGGCUCCCUGGUCGCUGCCGGGGGUUUCACGUUCGCGGGCUUUAGAGGCCUCGCAAGCUGGCAGUGGCUGUUCAUUGUGGACGGGCUUUUCACUCUCAUUGUGGCCAUGAUUUUCGUCCUUCUGCUGCCCAGAGACACGGAGCACACGAAGAGCCUGUGCGGGAUCGACGUACCUGAGGCACUGUCAAGAUAUCACCGCUAUCGUCGGUGCGGCUCUGGCAAAGCAACUUUGCCUGCCGCCCCUGAAGCCGAGGAUCUCAGGACUGCUUUGGUCCAUCACACCGAUUUUGGGACAAUAACUUUGCUUGCCAAUGUGGUCGGCGGUUUGCAGAUACUUUCACCAGAAAAGUCACAGAGCGACGAGAGCGGUUGGCUAUGGGCCCGUCCCGAGCCUGGGUGCCUCAUAGUCAACAUAGGCGACGCUAUGGUGCAAUGGACGGGCGGGUUGCUUCGAAGCAGUAUGCACAGAGUAAGACACGCACCGGGCGCCCAACGGUUCGUCAACAAGUACAGUGUGGUUUACCUGGCCCUACCGGAACGCAACGCAAUCAUGAGAAGACUGGUAGGCAAGGGCAUCGCCGGUGACGAUGGAGAAGAUGGCAACCUCACUGCGUGGGAGUGGGAGGUCAAGAAAGCGGUGGCUAUGAAACGGUUAGGAUCUGAUCCUUGGGAGAAGGGCUGCAAAGAGUGA